AUGGGUAAGGAGGCUCGCAGUGCCUCCGUACACAUGAUAUGUAUACUAACUAUUGUUGAAUUGCUUUUAUCACAUAGGGCAAAUGUCAACGCAUUUGAUUCUUUAAAUAGAACUCCACUUCAUAAUGCAGCAAUAAAGGGAAAAAAGGAGAUCGCCGAAUUGCUUUUAUCACAUGGGGCAAAUGUCAACCAAUUUGAUUCUUCUAAAAAAACUCCACUUCAUAUUGCCGCAGAAAAUAGGGAAAAAGAGAUCGUUGAAUUGCUUUUAUCACAUGGGGCAAAUGCCAAUGUAUUUGAUUCUUCUAAAAUUACUCCACUUCAAUACGCAGUAAAAAAUUCAAGUCAUGAAAUAGCAAAUCUCCUCAUUUCUCAUGGUGCAAUCAGAUAG